AUGAAAAAAGUUAUUGGAGUCCUAGCACUACAAGGCGCUUACCUUGAACACAUUGUUUGCCUCAAAAAUUCUAUUCUAAAGCAUGGGUUUGACGUUGAAGUUGUCGAAGUGAGAACCCCAGAGGAAUUACAGAGAUGUGAUUCACUAGUGAUCCCAGGAGGUGAAUCAACAGCAAUCUCUCAGAUUGCCGAGCGCACUGGCAUGUACCAGCACUUGUAUGACUUUGUACACUCUAAAGAUAAGUCAGUGUGGGGUACCUGUGCUGGCUUAAUAUUUCUUGCAAAUGAAGUGAAGAACCAAGCAGAACUUUUGAAACCGUUGCGGGUAUUAGAUGUCGUCGUUGAAAGAAAUGCGUUCGGGAGACAAGCGCAAUCUUUUGUGACAGAUUGCGACUUUUCGUCCUUCUGGGAUCUUGGAGAAGCAUUUUCUACUGUUUUCAUUAGGGCACCUGUAAUCAGCAAGAUCAAUAGUGAAAAGGUACAGCUUUUACACAAGCUUGAAACAAAAUCAGGACAGAGUUUGGUAGUUGCUGUAAGGCAGGAUAAUAUUCUGGGGACGUCAUUCCACCCUGAGUUAGGAUCUGACCUCAGGUUUCACGAGUGGUAUAUUAGGGAAUUUGUAUUAAAAGACCACUGA